AAAGCGGCCUUCCUCUGACUUUUCCUUCACUAGCUCAACAACGCCUGCGCGCUUAGUACUAGUGGAGGAAAUUCUGCUGUCUGGCUCUUGAGUCUUAGUGUACACAUAUCCAGAUUAAUUACAACGGACUUAAAAACACAGAGAGGGAAAAAGGAAUAUGGCGACGUUAGCAAUGGAUUAUCAGUCCCAGCCGCAGCUCGCGUCAACUACAGCUCACACACCCCACAGCCUGAAUUACAGUCUAAAUGUACCCUUAAAUCGGGGUCUGGAGAGAGCCUUGGAAGAAGGGGCAAACUCCGGGGUGCUGAACUUGAGCGGCAGAAAACUCAAGGACUUCCCCCGUUUCGCUUUUAAUUACGACUUAUCUGACACAGUUGAAGCAGAUCUCUCAAAAAACAGGCUGACAGAAGUGCCAGUAGAUAUCUGCGAGUUUGUUUCACUUGAAACAUUGAACUUGUAUCACAACUGUAUUAAAGUUAUUCCAGAUGCCAUAAUCAACUUGCAGACAUUGACAUAUUUAAAUAUAGUAUGUUUUGAUGUGCUGUUGCUUUUUGCUUCUUCAAAAUCCAAAAUAAAUGUGAAGAUGCAACCAAGUUUCUUAAUCCUGAACCCUUCAUCUUUGACCCAGUGCAUCCCUCAUUUCACAGGACUCAACCCAGAACUUCAUAUAAUGCUGAAUACCGUUUCCAGGUCCUUUGACCCUCUGCCUAACUUCAGAUAUCAGCAAAAAGAGGAGUUGUACCAGAACCACAAAGACUCCACGUACCACCAGAAAUCACUGUUUAUUCACUUGUACCAGAACCAUGAAGACUCCACGUACAACCAGAAAACACUUUAUUCACUAGUGAAUAAACAGUGUUUUCUGGUGGUAUCCCUCAACCUCAUUGGGAACAUCUGUCUUUUCCCGGAGGUUCUUCACUCUGUUUUGGCUCAGGGCACCAUUCAGGCUGUUCCUGCUGCCCAGGUAUCCCUCAACCUCAUUGGGAACAUCUGUCUUUUCCCGGAGGUUCUUCACUCUGUUUUGGCUCAGGGCACCAUUCAGGCUGUUCCUGCUGCCCAGGAUGUCAGCUGCAAUGAAAUAACAGCACUGCCACAUCAAAUUGGGCAGCUGAAAUCUCUCAGGGAGCUAAACAUCAGAAGGAAUUACAUUGAAGGUUUACCAGAAGAAUUAGCAGAGCUACCAUUAGUAAAGUUUGAUGUUUCUUGCAACAAGUUAUUCUCAGUCCCCAUCUCCUUCACAAGGAUGGCACAGUUGCAUUCGUUAGUGCUUGAUAAUAAUCCACUCCAGUCACCUCCUGCACAGAUUUGUACAAAAGGUAAAGUUCACAUUUUCAAGUACCUGAGUGCAGAGGCCAGUAGGAUGCACAAGACAACAGGCUCCCUGUACCUGCCUCCCAUAGAAAAUCCCAGUUUACAGAGGCAUACAGAUGGAAGCACUGAGGAUAUUUAUCCAGCCAAGAAAGAUUCCGAUUCUGGUGUUGGUAGUGACAGCGGGGAUAAACGCCUGUCCGCUAUAGAGCCUUCAGAUGAAGAAGCUGUCAGUCAGAACAUGCCAAUGAAAAACAUCAUGGAGGAAGAACAGUAUCACAUGGAUGAAGGAAAUAAGUUGGUUAGUCCAGUUUCAGGAAGCUCCACUCCAGUGCUAGCUGUUGUGGCUAACAAUAAUAACAGUUCAGAAGAGCGUUGCAGGACGUUUGUUGAGGAGCAAGAGGGCCUCAGUUCUAAAUUCAAUAACUACAUCAAGGCAAGUUUAAAGUGCAGUCAAAUGCAUUCUUUAACACCAGAGAGUGCCAGGUUGAAUGUUAGAGAUGAAAAUAUGAAACGGUCAUUUGAUCUCACGGAUAGACUUCUUAACAGGGGAUAUGGUAUACGUGAGAUUAUUGCAGCACAUGGAAGAAUGACAGAGUUUGAUGAGCCUUUAAGGAUUGAAGAGGAUACUAGCUGGAUGACAGAUAUAAGAAACACGUCACAAAGAGCUGGUUUAAAUGCCAACGAAGUAAUCCUUGGUCAUUCACGGGAAACAGUCAACAUUUUACAAGAUCCAAACAGGAAUACCAUAAAUGUUAAAAGCAGUUGUGAUGUGAAACCGUGUUCUGCUGAUGAAACGAGUGCAGCUACUUUGGAACUUGAAAAUUCUGCAUUGAAUGGAGAAGCACAUCAGGAGACAUCUGCACAUGAGAGUGAAGAUAAGUCACCAGAUGGAUCCCCAUCAGUUACGAGUACAGCUCCUUUUGGCCUAAAACCUCGAUGUGGCUUUUUAAGGUCACAAAGGAAUGUUGAAUCAGUAGAUCCUCAAUUUACGAUACGGAGGAAAAUGGAACAGUUGAGGGAAGAACUGGAGAUGCUAGAACAACUGCGAGAGAAUAUUGAGACAAGACUGAAAACUGAAUUACCUAGGGACAUGCAAGGCCUAGGAACAGCUCUCAUGGAUGGAGUAGUUCUGUGUCAUUUGGUCAACUAUAUACGUCCUCGGUCUGUUGCAAGCAUACAUGUACCCUCACCAGCAGUGCCUAAACUUAGCAUGGCCAAAUGCAGACGUAAUGUGGAAAACUUUCUGGAUGCAUGCCGAAAAAUGGGAGUACCAGAGGACAAGCUUUGCCUACCACAUCAUAUACUAGAAGAGAAAGGUUUGGUGAAAGUGAGUGUAACAGUUCAAGCACUGGUAGAUGUGACUAUAGUCAAGCGAACAUUAUUUACAUGAACUCAUUUUCGCAAGCAAAGUUGAAGAACACUGCGUGCUGCUGAGUAUUAACUGUGCCUGGCACAUACACAUUUGUGUCUCCAGAAUAAGCCAAAUUACACAUGUGCUCCAUGCCACUGUGUAGCUAACAAGUCUUACUGUUAUUUUUUUUUCCAGAGUAGCACUAGAUGGCCUUGGGAAAUGGGUAAAGAAUAUUAUUGUCCGUCCUGUUCAUGCCAAGGAAGGACAUGGUCACUGUGAUUGCAUUGCAUGCAUUUGCUGAUCAGUUGUAUCAAUAUGAAAUACAGUAGUAACAUGGAAUUCAUUUAUUUUGCCAUGGUUUAACAUAACUACUGUUGACUACUGUGUUAACCUGUCAAACAUAUUGGGCAGAUGUUGAUGAGGCUGAAUUAUUUUGUUUGCAUGUAUGUAUCUGCACUGCAUCAAAAAAUGAAGCGCCACCUCCCCAAAACACUCAUGCACUGCAGAUAUGGUUUGUAUUACAAGGAUAGUUAAAAGCCACUGCCGCCCUUUAAAAAAAGUUUUAGUUGUUAUUUAUUUAUACUAUUUAUUCUAAAUGUUUAUUCAUCCAAUUGGAUGUAAAUUUUAAAAGCUUUAUUCACGUUUGUGAGGCUUGAAUAGUUUACUUUUCAUUUGAUGCGUAACACUUGCAAGGGUCAGCAGUCUGUUAUAAUUUGCAUUUAAUAGAAGCAUUACUUUGGCAGCAGGCAAGGUGCCAGUAAGCCAAAGACUGCUUGUAAUUUAUGUAAAUUUUCCAGUAAAAACUUAGAUUUGAGGGGUCUCUGAGGUUAUCAGUCAUUUAAGGGUAAUUGUCAGAUAGACUUAAUGUAGAACCCUCCUUCAAAGUUAUAGUGUCAUUUUAUAUUUAAAAUAUUUGUAAUAUAUUUUUUUACCUAAUAAUUUUUUAAAGAAAACCUCUCAUUGCUUCAGUCAUGAUUUGUAGUUCAUAACAUUUCUCUUUCCUCCAUAUACAGGAUCUUUAAAAGUUUUUUUUUUUUUUUUUUGUAAAAUGUUGAUAGCUGCUGUCAGGGUGGACAAGUCCCGCAUUACGCAUCCAUGUCCAUUCCAUGAUGCACCACAUUCCAAGAAAACUGAAAGUGUUCCUUCAAGGUGGUCAUCUUUUAAAAGCUUGAGUUACAUUUUGUCUACCAAAAUGUAAAUUGGGGUCAUAGAACUGUUAAAAUAGCUUACUUCCUGUUAACCUCCUUCAGGAAGGUGUAGUACUAAAUCCAGUUACAGAAAUAGUAGCAAAUCGGCCGGUAAGGAUACUUAAAGAUCAAGUGCAAUCAGAACACUUACUUUUUCACUGAUUAGAUUUUCCUCUCAUUUUGUUUAUUUGGUGUUUCUGAUUGCCUUAGUGGUUGUUUAUGGUGGAAAACGAGCAAUUCCAGGGCUAAUUGAAGUUUAAAUUUACAUCAUUAUCUCACUUGCUUUCCAUGGGCUACAGUAGCUUCUUCUAGGUUUUGUGGCGUGAAAUGAUGAUGCAAUUGAGUUAGACGCCCUUCUUCACUACAGGAAGCUUCAUUUAUUAUUAUUGAACCAGAAAGCAAGGGCAUGUAUAAAUCUUUAUUAGUUUAAAAAAAUAAGUAGAAGCAAAGAAAUAACCUGCGUUAAAUGCUGGUAAAUGCAUUUUAAUUAGCAUUGCUUAGUCUCUGAUAUUUCUAAUUGCAAUAUGGUGCAAUCCUCUGUACCACUCAAACUCCUCUCUCUCAAUUAUCCCUGAAUGUGCAGCAUACAUUUGCCCUAACCUGUGCUAAAAAUUGGAUUUUCUGGUAAACCAGUGAAGGUCACAGUGGGUCAGAAAUGCUACACUUGAACACUUUAUGCAUUUUAUUGACUAGAAAAUAGUCACCACACAAGCAACUGAGAAGCAGUCACUAGGCUUUGUACUUCUGUCUGAAUUCUGACACUCUGUCAGUACAGCACACACACUACUUCUGACUGAAUAGCUGACAGUUUUGUGAAAACUUCGACUCUGAUGUUCAGUAUUUUAAAACAUUUUUCUUGUGUUGGAAAAAAAAGGCCUACACAGGUGCAGCAUAGCAGGGCUGCACAUUUGCCAGUACAGGAGUGCAUGACAUAUAACAAGGAAGGUGUUUACUGUUGGGGUGAAUCAGCAAUUUGCACUUGAUCUUUAAGAUGCAGUAAUUAGACUGUCUUGUGAAUGCAAAACAAAACUUCAUUUAUUUGGAGAAUAGUUAAUCCAUCCCAAUUUAGUGGGGCUUGUUUUAAUAGUAAUUUGUGAAUUAAGGAAUAUUCUGACUUGAAAUGAUAUUCAGAUUAUCCUUUCUGAAUAACUUUUAUCUAUGCAAAGUAUAGUGCAGAUGACAGCAAUUUUAUUUCACAGAGUUGCAGCUUACAGUGUAUCUGCAGUCACCAAGAAGUUAAGUAUAAUUUCACACUGUUUUCCUAAAGGCAUCAUAUUCAGCAUUUUGACACAUGGUGCUUUUAACUGCAGGUUGAAAAUGGAGUACUAUAGAAAGGGCUUUUCUUAUUCAGGUAGUGCAAAUGCAUGGUAAACUCCUUAGAGGCCUUGCUAUUCAAAAGAAAAAAAAAGAGCAUUGCAUUUGAAUGAAAUAAUUUAUCCACAUAAAAUUGUAGAUUUAGUGUAGAGAUGAAGAUAAAGGGACCUCUUAAUUAUCAAAGAGAUAAGGGCUACCAGAAGAAAAUCUCUAUAACUGUUAAAAUAACCAGCUUUAAGAUGCCUACUGUUAACAUAAUUCAGAUUUCACUGACAAACACAGGCAGAGUUAUUUAUCUGCAUUCACUGCAGAACAUACUGAUUUUAUUGCUGUACAAGGAAGUUUAGACAACUUGUAAGGUUUGUCCUCCAUAAAGUAUUGAUGACUUGUCCUGUAGCCAGUUGACAUGUCAGUUUUCUCUAAGAUAUUCUGCUUUAUCUAGCUGUUUAUACUUAAAGGUCAUAUUAUGCAAGAAAAUUGCAAAAAAUGUUUUGCCUUAGCAGAUAAAACUUAAGUUUAGCAAAACUUAGAUAUGGAAUUUUUGAAGGCAGUUUAGUUUGCUUUAAAGCCACAAAUAACUUUUCCAUUGAUAAAUUUAAAACCAAAGAGACUAGCUUUUCCUUAUGAGAGUAACCUUUUCUUCUGUGGGGAGGCAAGCCAACAUAUGCACUACUAUACUGUAUUAACACACAGAUCACUGCACCUCAGGGAAAGGGGCAAACCCCGUAUUCAGUGAUCUCAUAAAAAAAUGUGCAUUUCUGACAAGUGCUAUUAGUGUGGCACUUGGUCAAUAUCUAGCUGAGAUAGCCUAGAUAUGCAUUUGUUGCCCUUGUAUAUUGAGUCUCAAGAUAAAAUAUACUUCUCUUACACUGACUGUUCUACAAAAAGUGGCUAAAUUGACCUAAAUAUAAGCAAAGUUCUUUGUAUUUAGCCAUUUGCAAAAAAAGUGAUACCUAUUUAAAGGAAAUCCAGAAGUAGAACAUCUUGCUAGAAUGUUAUAUUUAUUUUAGAAAAUACCAAAAACGUAUAUCCAGAAUGAAGGCAGAUCCUCGG